AAAAAGGGAAACAGAGAUCGAAGAGGCAAGAGAGAAUCAAGGAAUUCCAAGUUCCAAUUCAAAUCACCAAGUUUCUGAUUCCACUUCCAGGCUGAAGUCGUUGUCGAAAUGGCGGAGCCGGAGAGAUAUUUGUUGAAGUCAGGGCAAGCCUCAUGAUGGUUGAAAUCAGUUGAAAUCGGCUGCUAGCCAUCUAGUCAUUCUUUUCAAAAGCCUAAUAGUUGCCCACCUAUCUCAGAAACAGAAGAGUUCGAAGGAGGCGUGGUGGCCCUGAUUCCCUAGCCCAGACACUUGCUAAAUGGAAAGAACUGAAUCAACAGCUAGACUCUUCUAAGGAUGGUGAAAGAUGUUCUCGCAGGGUGCCUGCGAAGGGCUCGAAGAAGGGUUGCAUGCAAGGAAAAGGAGGCCCAGAUAAUGCUCAAUGCAAUUAUCGUGGUGUAAGGCAGCGGACAUGGGGUAAAUGGGUUGCCGAAAUCCGAGAGCCACACCGAGGAAAUCGUUUAUGGCUUGGGACCUUCACAACUGCAUUGGAAGCUGCUCGAGCCUAUGAUCAAGCUGCAAAGGCAAUGUAUGGCCCUUGUGCCCGUCUAAACCUCCCUGACCAAAGCAGCUCAGCUAUGGAGUCCUCUUUGACAAAAUCAGACUCAUAUGACUCAACAACUACAACGCAUUAUUCACAUGAUUUAUAUGCCUCGGACGAGCCUGAGACCAAGAUUGUUCCAAAACUUGAAGUAGAAGAUGACAGUCAAGUAAGAAGCUCUGAAGCUGGUGAAGCUACCAAGGCAGAAGCCGGUAUGGAUCAGAAUGAACAUUAUAGUAGUUUUGACUUACCAGAAGAGAUGUUUGAUAUUGAAGACGUGUUGAGGGUUAUAGAUGAUGAAAAACCAGAUGGAAAUGCAGGCUUUGAAUUUGGAAGCUCUUCAGACUUCUCAUUUCAGUUGCAGAAUCCUGAUGCGAAGAUGCUCGGAACCUUGAGCCACAUGGAGUGGUCAUCCGUGAGCGUUGACUCGAAGAACUUAGACUAUAUCAGACCAAUGAGACAAGAAUGUGAUUAUGGUUUGAUCGAUGAACAAGCGCUGGCUGAGUUAGAGCUUCCAAAUUCAAACUUAGAAUCUUCUUGAAGAUACCUUCCUUCCCGGCUUUGGAUCAAAUUCAAUCCAGAUAUCUAACAACUGACUGUUAUUUUCAUUCGACACAAUGGCCAGCUCUCUUCAGUCUGGAGACAGAUUUAUACAUCAGUUUGUUAGAUCAAUAUACAGUGUACAUUGUCAAAAUGUAUGGUAGGAAAGGAUAUAUCCAAAAUAACAUUUGUUCA